AGCAGAGCAGGAAUCAAAACAAGAGACGGACACGCCUUCGCUCUUAAAGGUUAUAGCAGCUUAUUCGUUGUAACUGCAGCUGACAGAACUACACAAAAACCUGUCCGACGUCCACGAGGAGACUGAUAACAACACAGAGACACUGCAAAACACACCAGAGCCCACUGCAGAAAUGGAGUCCACAGAAAUGUCAGACAGCGUUGACAGCAGCCGCUGAUAGAGGUCGAAAAUAACACUGACAUCCGAAUCCUGUAAAAUGCCCAACCAGAAGAACAGCAAGGGAAAGAAAAGCAAACGCACUAACAGUAGCGGAGAUGAGCAGGAAAAUGGAGCCUGUGCGGCCGCAACAGGAGGCGCGGCCGCCGCGGCGGCUGCACCCAGAAACGAGCGCUCGAGUGAGGUCCAGUGUGCAACCCCUCUCGGCUGCAGCCUCAGUCGGGCCAUCGACCUGGAGAAGGACGACUACCAGCGGGUGCUCUGCAACAACGAGCUCUGCCCUUAUGGCAACUGGAUGCAUCUGCAGUGUUUCUACGAGUGGGAGAGCUCCAUCCUCGUACAGUUCAACUGCAUCGGCCGUGCGCGCUCCUGGAACGAGAAGCAGUGCCGGCAGAACAUGUGGACCAAGAAGGGCUAUGACCUGGCCUUCAGGUUCUGCUCCUGCCGCUGCGGCCAGGGUCACCUAAAGAAAGACACCGACUGGUAUCAGGUGAAACGCAUGCAGGAUGAGCGCAAGAAGAAGCCGUCUGAGAGGAGCGCGGGCAGGAGUGGGGGCAGUGGAGGGUCUGUAGGAUCUGGGGAUGGACUUUUUGAGGAGCCUAAGAAAAGUAAGCCACCUGGGGGAGCAGGAGCAGGUAAACUGUCCCACAGAGCCUCUAGUCAGGAGUUACCUCGUAGACAAUCAGUGGACCGGCAAAACUCUACAGAGAGAGGAGCAGCAGCAGCAGGGGGAGGACAUGCUGCAGGAAUAUCCUUUCCUCUGGGGCCUCCUCAGAAAUCUCCAUGUGACUCCCCAGGACAGUCUCCUCCUACCGGGUUCUCCUUCUCCCCCACUGCUGCUCUCGGAUCAGGAGGAGGAGGAGGCGCAGUUAUGCGGGGUUCUCGUCAGCUGGGAGAGUUCCUCAAAUCAGCCGUCCACAUGGACCCCCAGAGGAAACACCUUCUGGUCGGGGGAGGCCUCAGCAAGGGAGGUGGGUGCUCGGUGGGAGCCUCCGGCGGUGGAACCGGUGGUCCUCACCUCGACCCCGGGUCUGUUCUACCCCUGCCGCUGUCCUUCGCUCUCCCGCUCCACCACCGUCUCACCUCCGGCAGCGUGGGUGACGGCACCCACCCUCACCCGGUGCAGUUCCUGAGGAGGCUGGACCUCUCGGAGCUCCUCACCCACAUCCCUCGACAUAAACUCAACACCUACCACGUCCGCAUGGAGGACGAUGCCCAGGCAGGGCAGGGGGAAGAGCUGCGCAGGUUUAUCCUGUCAGCUCUCAGUGCGAGCCAGAGGAACGUGGUGAACUGUGCACUGUGCCACCGGGCGCUGCCUGUGUUUGAACAGUUUCCUCUGGUGGACGGGACUCUGUUCCUCAGCCCCUCACGCCACGACGAGAUUGAGUACGACGUCCCCUGUCACCUCCAAGGCAGGUUAAUGCACCUGUACGCCAUCUGUGUGGACUGUCUAGAAGGCGUCCACAAGAUUGUCUGCAUCAAGUGCAAGUCACGCUGGGACGGGAGCUGGCACCAACUGGGCACCAUGUACACCUACGACAUACUGGCUGCUUCACCGUGUUGCCAGGCUCGUCUCAACUGUAAGCACUGCGGGAAGCCAGUGGUGGAUGUUCGAGUCGGUAUGCAGUAUUUCUCCGAGUACAGCAACGUCCAGCAGUGCCCUCACUGCGGCAACCUGGACUAUCACUUUGUUAAACCCUUCUCCUCCUACAAAGUACUCGAGGCUUAUUGACAAAUGUUGUUCAUGCAUGCUAGUUAAGCUGCUUCUGUUCUCAUUGUUUUUUUCGUUUUUUUAAACACAAUCUAGGAAAGAUUUUAUUUUUUGGGCCUUAAGGUGAUUUUAUGUUUUUACGUUCUCUCUUUAUCUUGGUUUCUUUUUUAUGUAUAGGAAAAGUAUGAUUCUAGUUUUAAAGAAAAAAAAAGUAAGUAUAUAAAAGUUCCAGGACAGUAUCUCUGAAGAUAGAGAAAGGUGUUGAUAAAGUGUGGAACUGACAUUUCAGUCAAGCAAACACAUUUAUCUGUGACAAGUGAAUGUAUCUGUACGCCAAAUUUGCUUUUAUUUUUUAUUUUUUACCAAAAGCAUAAAGACGAAUCUUGAAUAAAGCAGAGAAAGAUACACACUGGUGCU